UGUGGGGAGUAUAUUUUAAUACAUAAGAUAAGAUACUUAAACGAUUUUUAAGAAACUCUAAAUUAUAUACCGUCGGCGGCGUAUAAUUAACGUAAAUAUACCGCCGCUUUGCUUUUUGUGCCAUGAUGCUUGAUAUUAAAACUUCAGCUGAUUAUUUGUCACGAUCGACGGGAAGUUUUAGCAACUUUUCAAUGUUGUUUGCAGAUUCUUCAUACAAAUCCUCGUGGGGAUCCCACAGUUCAGCACAAUCGCAAGGCUAUAGUUCGAACGCACUGAGCAGUGUAGGGGUCAGCGUUGGAAAGUCAUCGCUGGAUCCACAUACACAUCUGAGGCAACCUGAUCCAUAUCAAAUGUUUGGACCAACAAGCAGUCGACUAGCAAGUUCUGGUUCUGGUCAAAUACAAUUGUGGCAAUUUCUACUGGAAUUAUUGUCGGAUUCAAGUAAUGCUGGCUGUAUAACAUGGGAGGGCACAAAUGGCGAAUUUAAGUUAACGGACCCCGAUGAAGUGGCUAGACGUUGGGGUGAACGUAAAUCCAAACCGAAUAUGAAUUAUGAUAAGCUGAGUCGUGCGUUAAGAUAUUAUUACGACAAAAAUAUUAUGACAAAAGUGCAUGGCAAACGUUAUGCUUACAAAUUUGAUUUUCAAGGUUUAGCUGCAGCUACGCAGCCAGCCGCCAGUGAUCCCACCUACAAAUACCAAAGUGAUUUAUUUAUGACACCAUAUCAUCAUAGCGCAAAACUGAGCUCAUUCAUGAGUCCACAUCACGGUAUGACAUCGUCAUCAGCGUCAAUAUUUCCUUCAGCUGCUUCAUGGGGCAAUUGGGGCAAUCCGGCUACAAACCUCUAUCAACCACACUCGAUGGGUCAUGUAACACCAUCACAUGUUGCACCACAUUUGAGCUCAUACCCACACUAUGCAUGACCAUCAUCGUCCGGCGGUGGCUUCUAAUAUGAAAGCAACGCCAUUGUCGGUGGCAGUACUGGUGUUCAUG